AACUUGAAGAGUAGAUUUAAGAGACAUUUGCUCUCGGACUCACUCGUGAAUAGUGAUGACUAGCACUUGCUUGUGCAAACCUAUGUUUAAUAUUUUUAAUGGUAGAAUAAUUUGUUCGCCAAACAGUAGGAAUGGUUUUUAAAUUUUAGAGGAUGAGUGAGAUGAAUUUAAGAGAUUGUGCUACAAACAUGGGGAAGUUGGAUCUGGAUGCUAUCAAGAUCAUCCAGUCAUCACAUUCUGGAAUAACUUUGAAAGGUUUAAAUAUGUUUUGGUUUGUAACAAAUCAUUGAUUUUAUUUGCCAUCAAAAAAAUAACUUAACUAAUUUGCUUAUAUAAUGUUUUUGGGAGUAAAAUAAAAUUAGUUGGACAAAAUGGAGUACUUUUUAAAGAGUAAAUAAUAAUUUUUUAAUUUGAGAAGAAAAAGAAUAAUUACUUUGUCAAGGAUAAAAUAUAUGUUAAGUCUUAAAAAUUUAGAGUUGUUAUUUAAGACAGACUCCGAAAUUAUCUGAGCCUAUGGUUAAACACAAUAUUAUUUAAAGUAAAGAGGUGAGGAGACAUUAAAAAUGAUCAUAAUUAUCAUGAUGACAUUAUUAGACCAAGCAUAUUUCAAAGUACUGGUCUAUUUGUUUAUCAUGAAAGAAAACUUGCUUAGUUUUUGGUAAUAAUAUUAACUAAUUAUAGGUUUUCUUAGUUUGGAAAUUUAUUUUGGGGAAAAUAGUAGACGUAGAAUAAGGAAUCGAAUCUGUUGUCAAAGAGAGAAAGUAGAAGGUGUUUCCAGAGAGUUCGUUUGUGGGUUGAAAUAGGUAGACUAGAUAUUGAGAUUAGAGUGCAUGAAUAAGGAGUGAAGAAGGAGAUAGGAAUGUCAUACUUGUUACCACAUUUGCACUCUGGUUGGGCCGUUGAUCAGUGUAUUCUCUCAGAAGAAGAACGAGUUGUCGUCAUUCGCUUCGGCCACGAUUGGGAUGACACCUGCAUGCAGAUGGAUGAAGUGCUGGCAUCGGUUGCUGAAAAGAUUAAAAAUUUCGCUGUGAUUUAUGUUGUGGAUAUCAGCGAGGUGCCUGAUUUCAACACCAUGUACGAGUUGUAUGACCCAUGUACUGUUAUGUUCUUUUUUAGGAACAAACAUAUCAUGAUAGACCUUGGAACAGGAAACAACAAUAAAAUAAACUGGGCUCUCAAAGACAAGCAAGAGUUCAUUGAUAUUGUCGAAACAGUCUACCGUGGAGCAAGGAAGGGACGCGGUCUUGUCAUUUCUCCUAAAGAUUACUCUACCAAGUAUCGCUACUGAGUUACACUUACUUACCCUCCAAUGCCUAUGUUCCAUAUUCAUGUUAAUGGCCAUGGCUUUGUAAUUCA